AUGGCAUCAAAAUCUUGGGCAUCUCUCGCCUCCUCAGUAGUGACCACUUCUGAUGGCGAUGACAAUGUCUGGAGUUCAGCUGCGUCUAUCGCGGACACAACCGACGGUUUAACAUCACCAGCAUCCUAUCUUUCACUGUAUUCGAAGAACUUCGAUGAACCAGAGAGCGUCGAACUCUUUGCCCCUCGGUCAUACUACGAUUCGAACUUGUUACCUCCUGUCCCCAGAAUCGAACCAACGAUACCAUUAGCCGUCGACGGACCGACUCCAGAUAACUGGGUAAAUAGAGACGAGCGUCUGGUCCGGUUGACGGGCAAGCAUCCGUUUAAUGUGGAAGCUCCCCUCUCUACACUUUUCAGCAAAGGCUUCCUCACGCCGCAGAAUCUAUUCUACGUUCGCAAUCACGGAUACGUGCCGCGAGUGACCAGAGAUGAAGCAAAGCCAUGGAAGCUCCGUGUGCAUGGUCUCGUGGAGAACGAGUUCCAGUUCACCGUCGACGACUUGAAAGCCAUGUUUCCCACGAUCACAUUACCUGUCACUUUGGUGUGUGCUGGUAACCGCCGAAAAGAACAAAAUGUCGUUACAAAGGGUCUUGGGUUCAACUGGGGUGCUGCCGGGGUUUCGACCGGUCUCUUCACAGGAGUCUACCUGGCCGACAUUCUCGAUUAUUGCAGACCUAAAAAUCCGCUACUAACAGCAUACCCUUCAUACGAAACCGUCGUGCCCGGGCGCGCACGCCACGUCAUAUUCGAAGGGGCAGAUGAACUCCCCAAAGGCAAAUAUGGAACGUCACAAAGACUAAAUUGGGCUAUGGACCGGCAAAAGGGCAUGCUCAUUGCGUGGGCAUUAAAUGGAGAAGACUUGUCGCCCGAUCACGGGUAUCCUCUUCGCUUGGUUGUCCCGGGUCAGAUCGGUGGUCGUAUGGUCAAAUGGCUGCAGCGCAUCGAGAUAUCGGAUCGCGAAAGUCAACACCAUCUUCACUUUUUUGACAAUAAGCUUCUCCCUACAGUGGUGUCGGCUGAUCAAGCCCGAAAUGAGGACAAAUGGUGGUAUGACCCGAAGUACAUCAUCAAUGACCUCAACGUUAAUGCCGCUAUUUGCUCCCCCGACCACAAUCAGAUUGUCACUCUUCAACCAAACUCAAGUCAAACGUUACCUAUUGAAGGGUACGCUUACACGGGAGGUGGUCGUCGGAUCACCCGUGUAGAAGUUACACUCGACGACGGCAAGACUUGGAGGCUAGCAGAUAUCACAUAUCCCGAAGAUCUGUAUCGCCUCUACCCAGUCCAGAACCACCCCUUCUUUGGCACCCUGGAUCUGAGCAUGAGUGAGAUGAGCUUCUGCUGGUGCUUUUGGAGGCUGGAUCUCGAUAUUAUGUCUGAUUUAGUGGGCCCAGAUGUGAGGGUGAUUGCAGUACGAGCCAUGGAUGAGGCGCUACAGACGAUGCCCCGCGACAUGUACUGGAGCCCAACCUCGAUGAUGAACUCUUGGUGGUUCCGUGUCGCUGUCCACAAAGAUGAGAAAGAAGAAUCCAUCCGAUUCGAGCACCCGGCUCCUGUGGCUGGAGAUGCUGGCGGCUGGAUGCAACGGAUGAAAGAUGCUGGAACCGACCCCAGGUUCCCUAAUUUUGGCGGAGAGAGUCCUUACAGUGCCAGUGCAUCCAACACGGCCACAUCACAGCCUGAUGCUUCAAGUGCAAAAGAAGAUAUCCUAAAGGAGAUGUUAGACAGCUCCAAGUCGUCAGUGGCAAUCACACCAGACGAGUUAGCACAGCACGCAGAUCCAGAGGGCCCAGAACCUUGGUUCGUGGUCCACGGCCAUGUCUACGAUGGGACCAAGUUUCUGGAGGGUCAUCCUGGAGGCGAGCAGUCCAUUCGCAUCGUGGCUGGAGAAGAUGCCACUGAAGACUUCAUGGCCAUUCACUCGGUUGAUGCCAAGCGGAUGCUACGCGACUAUCAUCUGGGCAAGCUCCAAGGAUCCAUCUCCGCGGAAGCAUCUGGAGAUAACGCUGAAGAUGAAGAUCCCAGCAAGCCAUUCCUGCAGCCAAAGAGGUGGAAGAAAACAUAUCUGGCCUCCAAGAGGGUUGUUUCGCAUGAUUCUCGAAUUUUCAGAUUCGCGCUCUCACACGAGGACCAAUUAGUAGGGUUGCCGGUCGGCCAGCACGUAUACGUUCGAGUAAAACGAACGAACCCUACUCCGAGAGAAGUAGAAACGGUACAGCGCGCAUAUACCCCAUACAGCAGCAAUUCCCAGAAAGGAUAUCUGGACAUCUUAAUCAAGGUCUACUUCCCUGGCGCCCCUCCAAACAGCAAGGAGGGGGAUUAUCCGGGAGGAAAGAUGACCAUGCUGCUUGAAAACGCGCCAGUAGGUGCCGAGUCUGAGGAGUUAACAAUAGAGCUCAAGGGCCCUGUUGGAGAGUUCACCUACCUUGGCAAUAAGCAAGUCCAAUGGAACCCUGGCAAUCGCUGCCGUUCAAUCAAGAGGCUGGUUAUGAUUUGCGGAGGGAGUGGCAUCACGCCCAUUUGGACUACACUGAAAGCCAUUGCGGAUGAGUUCCAGGCCCUCCCUCCAGACGAGACAGAUGACCCUAUCCAAAUUUGGUUGGUAUCUGGUAACCGAACAGAAGAAGACAUUUUGCUCCGUGAGGAGCUUGAAGAGAUCGCGUCUCUCCUGAAACAACACAUUCGAAUUUGGUAUGUGUUGAGUUCUAAAGCUAUUGGGGAUGAUUGGAAAAUGGGUCGAGGGUAUGUCGAUGCGAAAUGUCUUGGAGAACACCUGCCCCCUCCCCCGUCUACACCAACGGGAGAUGAGCUGGAGGAUACCCUUGCACUGGUUUGCGGUCCUCCAGCAAUGGAGAAGGGUGUGUCAACUGCGUUGAAGAGUUUAGGAUGGGAUAUCGAUCGAACAGUUGUAUUCUUCUAA